AUCCGUUGCGCAGGCGCACUAGUUUUCUCUGGCUGUAGUUCUCAUGCAGUUGACGUAUUCUGCGUCUGCGCAUUACUUGCUUCGCGCCUUGGCCGGCCUAUACGCCUGCGCAAAGUGGCAACUCGAGGAGGGCGGAGCUGGGAUAUUAGCUGUGCGCAUGCGCCGACGCUAUAUCCGGUGUGGUGGUCUGGUCAGUUAGGAGUUUGAGGGUACGCCGGCGGGAAUAUUCAGCUUGAAGCCGACUGUAGUCAUGUCGGCGUCUGUGUUGUCGGUCAUCUCGCGGUUUUUAGAAGAGUACUUGAGCUCCACUCCUCAGCGUUUGAAGUUGUUGGACGCAUACCUCCUGUAUAUACUGCUGACCGGAGCGCUGCAAUUCGGUUAUUGUCUCCUCGUGGGGACCUUCCCCUUCAACUCCUUCCUCUCGGGCUUCAUCUCUUGUGUGGGGAGCUUCAUCCUAGCGGUUUGUCUGAGAAUACAGAUCAACCCACAAAACAAGGCGGAUUUCCAAGGCAUCUCCCCAGAGCGAGCCUUUGCUGAUUUUCUCUUUGCCAGCACCAUCCUUCACCUUGUUGUCAUGAACUUCGUUGGCUGAAUCGUUCCUGUUUACUUAACUGAGGAGGAGGAGACUAGAAGAAUGUUCACCUUUUAAUUUCCCCUGGAUAAGAGCUCUUUGAGAUGGCAGUUUGCUGGACACAUGGAUUUUCUUCAGAUUUAUGCUUACUACCAACUCUUUGGGGUGCAGGUGGAGAGCCUAGAGAAGUUCCCUGCCUUCCGAGCCAGAACAACUUUGUAAUAAGCAUUUGUUAGCAUAGCCUCUGCCUUCCAUACAGUGUAACCUUUCUGCCUUCCAAAUUAAAAAGCUCCAUGCCCCUCCUU